CAUCCAAAAAGAUAAAGUGCCUAAAUUACACAAAAAGAAACGCCAAAAAGCAAUCCCACUCUAAAAAUUCUUCAACACCAAUAGUAUUCGAAAGAAAAACCUAUUGGGAAAUUCGCACGAUAGCUAAAAAUCAGUUAAAAACAUAAAAAGUUUACGAAUUAAAGAAAGAAAAUGCUGAGAAACCUUCAACAAAACUCCAUUGAGAUCUUCUUUCUCUUCUUCUUUCUCAAUAAUCAUUUCCUCAUUGUCAAAGCCCACAUCUUCAUAUACGCAGGCUGUUCACAAGAUAAAUACACGCUUAAUUCUCCCUAUGUAACAAAUCUCAACUCUUUAUUAUCCUCCAUUACUAAUUCGGCUCCACAGGCACUUUACAACAGCUUUUCUCUCGGAAACGACAGCUCAACCGCCUCCUCGGAUGGGUCAAUUUACGGCUUGUAUCAAUGCAGAGGUGAUUUGAAGACAGAAGACUGCGCUAAAUGCAUAGUCAAUGUGGUGAGCCAGAUUGGUUUGUUGUGUCCAUACACAUAUGGUGCAGCUUUGCAACUUGAUGCCUGUUUUGUAAGAUAUGAUCAUUUUGAUUUCUUGGGAAAGUUGGACACAAGUCUUAGUUACAAGAAGUGCAGCAAAAGUACAACAAAUGAUGCCGAAUUCUUGCGACGACGUGACGAUGUUAUCACUAAUUUGCAAGUGGCAAUAGGGUUUAGGGUUAGUUCAUCAGGGUAUGUUGCAGGUUAUGCUCAGUGUUUGGGGGAUAUUGGUGCCACAGAUUGUUCAUCUUGCCUAUCUGAUGCUGUCACGAAAGUGAAGAGUCUGUGUGGAUCUGCUGAAGCUGCAGAUGUGUUCUUGGCACAGUGCUAUGUGCGUUACUGGGCUUCUGGUUACUAUGAUACCUCUUCAGAUUCUUCCAAUAAAGACGAUGUAGGAAAAACAGUGGCUACAAUUGUGGGAGUAACUGCAGGAGUUGCAGUUAUCAUUGUUUUUCUUUCAUUUUGUAGAAAGAAGUGUGGUUAAGAAGAAGCCUAAGCAAUUGGAAGAUAUUGCGGCAUUUUUAUUUUUUAAAUGUAUUAUUCUUAAAUGAUCAAUAGUAAACAAAGAUCGAGAAUUUAAA